GAAUUGUUUUUGUUAUUAUUAUCAGCUGAUUGCUGUCAAAAAAGCAAUUUGCGCAAAUUGUAAGAUGGCGUAAGGGGGGAAUCUGCAAAGAGGCAUGAACUUUAGUGUGCAGCAGCUGCAGCAGCGAAUCAGAGCCGCCUCGCAAAACAACAAUUUGCAUCUGAAUGACCUGUUCUAUGCGUUCGAUAGGAAAUUGAAAUAUAUGUGCAUCGCGACGCGCGAAAUCAUGGACUGCAUGUUCGAGGCCUACCUUACCCAUGACUCCAACGCAGAGGUCGACGAUAUACCGCUAGACAGCAAAGAACCAGUCUACAUCUCUGGAAAGAAGUACAUCGCAGCAGAAGAUUUAUCUGCUAUUCGACAUGAGAUAACUUCCAAGAUUUGGUUCACAUAUAGAAGAGGUUUUGUGCCAAUCGGUGGAGACGAUGGACUGACCACCGACAGGGGUUGGGGUUGCAUGUUGAGAUGUGGGCAGAUGGUCCUGGCACAUGCCCUGGUGAGGGCACAUCUGGGACCAGAUUGGCAGUGGGAUGCGGAUUGCAAGGAUCCCACUUACCUGAAGAUCAUCAGAAAGUUCGAGGACAAUCGGCAAGCGCCAUUCUCAAUUCACCAAAUUGCCUUAAUGGGAGCAUCCGAAGGAAAGGAUGUGGGUCAGUGGUUCGGACCCAACACUGUUUCACAAGUUCUCAAGAAACUAAUCAAAUACGAUGAAUGGAGUUCGAUUGUUAUGCAGGUGGCUUUAGAUAAUAGCAUUGUAAUUAACGAUAUUCGAGAAGCGUGCGGCGUAAAAUCAGCGAGCAGCACGUGCGUUAUCGGGGCGACGUCGCAGUGGAAGCCUCUGCUGCUUGUGAUACCGAUGCGUUUGGGACUGCAGGACAUCAAUCCGAUCUACGUGAAGAGCCUGAAAAAAUGCUUUCAGUUUAAGCAGAGCCUCGGCGUGAUCGGCGGCAAACCGAAUCUGGCGCUGUACUUUAUCGGAUGCAUCGGGGAUGAGGUCAUAUACCUGGAUCCGCACACCACUCAGAAGACGGGCUCCGUCGAUCACAAGAACAGCGAGGAUCAGGUCGAACUGGACGUCACCUACCACUGCAAGCGGGCUUCCCGCAUGAACAUACUCAGCAUGGACCCAUCCGUCGCAAUCUGUUUCUUCUGUCCAACCGAAGCAGACUUCGAUGAGCUCUGCGUUAGAAUACGAGAGGAUCUCAACGGGGCGCAAGGACAACCCUUGCUGGAUGUCUGCCAAGAGAAGCAACGCCAAUACUCGCCGCCUCUGGAUUUUGAAGAGGCUCUCGGCGCUUUCUCCACCGAAGAAUCGUUGAAUGCCGCCGAACAGUUCGAUUCUGAGGAGGAGUUCGAGAUCAUACACUAAUUCCUAAUGGGUUUGGUUGAAUAUCCGUAAUCAUACGCAGCAACACUACCACUAACUAAUUGAUUUGUAAAUACAUAAAUAAAUCUCGAGAGAGGACGCUUACGCCGCUUUGGGGGGGCUGAAAGACAUGCGUUGUGUCAUCAUCAUGGGAGGCGAGGAAUGUGGCGAAACGAACGUUACGACUUUCAUUUAUCUUUUUGUUGUUGUUGUUUUUUUUUCUAUUUUCGCAUUUCCAUGGGGAUAAUUUUAUUAUUAUUAU